UUCAUCGUCUUCAGAACAGUCACAACUGCGGUCGGGAGAACUUCAUCGGGAACCUGCGGAACUUGCGAUCUCUACAUCGACGAAUUAGCGCGUCGCGAGAUGAAUCAAGAACUGAGUAACCGCAUCCGGCAGAAGCUCGUGGCGACAGGGGAGGAGGAACGUCUCAAAGAAUUGCUCAAAACAAGACUCCUAUCAAGCGGAUGGAGAGACGAACUCAGUGCUGUGGCCCGUGAAUACCUCAAAGCCAAAGGUGUCCAGCAUGUAGACGUGGAGGAGUUGCAGAACGUACUCUUGGUCGAAGCUCGGAAGUCGAUUCCGGAUACCGUGAAAAAGGAACUCCUCGUAGAAAUCCGUGACUUUGUGAUGCAGCACGAGGGAAUUCUCUGAGCAGUCAGCUCGAAUCUUGAUCUCUCGAUUUUCAUAUGAGAUUUCGCCGAAUCGUUGAAAUAUUCCACCACGAAAAUCUGUGGUUUGACUCCUGUCGAGUAGGUGUGAGCGAAUAUUUGUGCCGUCAAACUAUGUAAAUAAACAAACAUGAGUCUGUUGAGACGCA